CAUAAGAUGGCAAACCUGGACUGGGGAGCUGCUGUUGACUCCCAGGAACAAGCAUUGACAAGUCAGACUCCAGGAACAGGUAGCCAGUCAUUGAACUGGGCGGAAGAAGUUGAGAAAAGUGACUUGUCACAAGAGAUUAACAGAAUUACAUUAGAUAAAACUACAGUCCCAUCCAAAUCUCCUAGUGCCCCAGCUCAGAGUGGCCCUGCCCACACCCCCACGACACCUCCACGGCCUGGCCCCACCCAGACAAGUCAGGCACCUCCACGACCUGUCCAGGGGACAGGUGCCAUGGCUGCUGCCCCGUCCCAGGCUCAGGAUGGGGCAGGAGCAUCAGGAGAUGAUGAAGAGAAAGGAACAACAAAAGAAGAAGCCUCCCUCCUCAGGAAGUUGGUCCAUUCUAAGCUUGUAUCCUCUAAAGCAGACUUAGAAGUCUUACAGAAGGACCCCAAUUCUCCACUCUACUCUGUCAAGUCAUUCGAGGCUUUAAAUUUGAAAAAGGAACUUUUAGAUGGAAUUUACAGUAUGGGGUACAACACACCAUCAAAAAUCCAGGAAACCGCAUUACCUGUACUUUUAGCUGACCCUCCUGUAAACAUGAUCGCACAGAGCCAGAGUGGAACAGGAAAAACAGCAGCCUUUGUUUUGACCAUGCUAAGUCGUGUAGACACCAAUCUCCACUAUCCACAGUGUCUGUGCAUAGCACCUACUUAUGAGUUAGCUCUGCAAAUUGGCAAAAAUGUGGAAGAGAUGGGAAAGUUCAUGACAGAUCUGAAAAUUGAAUAUGCCAUCAGAGGAGAGAAAUUGAGCAGAGGGACAAAACUAUAUGGACAUUUGAUCAUUGGAACCCCGGGGACAGUGUGUGACUGGGCCUUGAAGUUCCGCUUUUUUGACCUCAAAAAGAUCAAAGUUUUCGUGUUAGAUGAAGCAGAUGUUAUGAUUGCUACACAAGGUCAUCAAGACCAGUCCAUCAGAAUUCAGAGGGGAUUAGGGAAAGACUGCCAAAUGUUAUUAUUUUCUGCAACUUACGAGGAUGAAGUGAUGAGAUUUGCGCAGGCUGUGAUACCUAACAACCCAAUCGUAAUUCGACUCCGACGUGAGGAACAAUCUCUUGACAAUAUCAAACAGUACUACAUAGAGUGUUCUGAUCAGGAGGGGAAGUUCCAGGCUUUAUCAAACAUCUACGGUUCAAUAUCAAUAGGCCAGUCUAUGAUAUUCUGUGCUACAAGAAAAACAGCAGCUUGGUUGGCAGAGAAAAUGACAAAAGAAGGACAUGCCGUGGGUCUCCUUAGUGGAGAGUUGUCAAUAGAACAAAGGGCAGCCAUCAUUAAUCGCUUCAAAGAGGCCAAAGAGAAAGUUCUGAUCACCACAAAUGUCACAGCUAGGGGUAUUGAUGUAGAACAAGUGACAGUUGUGGUGAACUUUGACCUUCCCCUAACUCCACCCCCAGAAAACAAACCCGACUUUGAGACCUACCUCCACCGGAUUGGAAGAACUGGUCGUUUUGGCAAAAAGGGCUUAGCAAUAAACAUGGUGGAUGGCCAGAGGACAUUUCAAACAAUGAAAGCAAUUGAGAGAUACUUUGGGCGAGAAAUCAAGAAGUUAGAUGCAGAUGAUAUAGAAGAAGUAGAGAAGAUUGGCAGUUAGAGAGGAACCAUUGACAGUUAGAGAGGAACCUCAUUGCUUCAUUUAUCAAGUCUAAUCAGCUGUUUACAAACAUUCUGAAUAAACAUCACCAUUUUACCAAAUAGAUGACAGUUUUAUUGACAUAACAUUUUAAAACAGUGGCUUGCAGCUGUCAGAUACAUUGGAUCUGAAAGAAAAUGUGAAUAAGAUUGAGAUUUGGGGACAAUGCUUUUCACAAGUCAUUUUAUUUCAUGUGAGAAAGACAUCUUUUAAUGUUAAUCAGCUGUGUCGUGUCAGGUCAAGUUCUCUAUUCAGAAAGUACUGUUUACUUUUUCCCUGACAUGUAUUUUAUGUGACUUUGUUACUGUAUGAAAUCUUACAAAGUAAUUAAAUCUUUAUUGUGGCUACUGUUGAA